ACCUCACACUUCCUUCCAUCACAAUGAAGUCCACUUUCGCUGUCGCUGCCCUGGCUGCUGUUGCCUCCGCCGCUCCUACCAAGCGUGCUACUGGCCCUACCGAUGAUGUUAUCCUCAACUACGCUCUGACCCUCGAGCACCUCGAGAACACCUUCUACCGCCAGGGUCUUGCCAACUUCACUGAGGCUGACUUUAAGGCUGCUGGCUUCGACUCCGAGGUCUACAACCGCAUCAAGACCAUCGGCUCUGAUGAGGCUCAGCACGUCAGCUUCCUGUCUGGUGCCCUGACCGCCGCUGGCGCAAAGCCCGUCAAGGAGUGCACCUACGCCUUCGGUGUCACCAGUGUUCAGUCCUUCCUUGCCACCGCCUCCGUCCUUGAGGGCGUUGGUGUCAGCGCCUACCUCGGUGCCGCUGCCGACAUCAUGUCGAAAACCUACCUCACAGCUGCUGGCUCCAUCCUGACCGUUGAGGCCCGCCACAGCGCCUACGUCCGCAGCGUCAACAAGCAGAGCCCCUUCCCCCAGCCCUUCGAUGCUCCCCUCUCUUACAACGAGGUCUACACCCUCGCUGCUGGAUUCAUCAAGAGCUGCCCCUCUGAAAACCCUCCUCUUCCCGUCAAGGCUUUCCCCAGCCUGUCUGCUUCCAGCAAGGACACCCCCAUCAAGACUGGCUCGACUGUUCUGCUCACCACCUCCGGCUACAAGAUUGAGGGUACCGUCUACGCUGCUUUCAUCGCCGUUACCGGCCCCACCUUCGUCGAGGCCAAGGCUGUCAACGGUGGCUACGACGUCGUUGUCCCCAAGGGUUUCGCCGGCCAGAGCUACGUCGUCCUCACCAGUUGCAACACUGCCGCUACUGACGACACCAUCCUCGCUGGCCCUGCUGUUGUUGAGAUCUCCUCUUAA